GAGUUGUAGUUCUCUCCUUAUAUUUUUUCGAGCCAAAAGUUUGAGUUUUUGUCCUUUUUCAUUUUUGUUGUUCAGUCUUGUCAAGGAUCUAAAUGUUUGUUUGAGUUGCAUUGGUGAAGUGACUCUGUGAAAAAAACUAAUCUUUAGGCUGAGAAAACUGUUUGAGUUGCAUUUAUGAAGUAACAGUUUGAAAAGCCUAAUCUUUAGGCUGAAAAAAACUGUUUGAGUUGCAUUUGUGAAGUGUAACUGUUUGAAAAAAUUGAUCUUUAGGCUGAAAAAACUGUUUGAGUUGCAUUUGUGACCUAGCUGGUUGGGAAAAAAACUGAUCUUUAGGCUGAUUAUACACUAUUUAUCGGGAGACAUUGGACUUAGUGCAGUAGAUAACACUGGCUGUCGUUAUACACAAUUUCUUUAGAUACCGUGCACUCUAGAUGGCAUUGGACGCCAUUGUACACGAUUCUUGGGAGACAUUAUUCUUAGGAUCAUUCUGGGAAAUAAAAAUCUACUCCAUACACUGGACGCUAAUUGAUGGAUCCAGACAGCAAGAAAUUUGGACGAGGGCCAAUAGAACUCACAGGUGCUCGUGACCUUAUUAGUCACUUCAAGUUGUUACCUCAUUAUGAGUUCUUUGGUAAGAGGUCUCUUCCGCUAUCAAUUUCCGAUACACAUUAUCUUCAUAAUGUGGUUGGAGACACAGAAAUUAGGAAAGGCGAGGAGAUGCAGUUGGAUCAGCUAACUCAGGGUACUUCCUUUUCAAGAGAGACAAGUUCACGCAUCCAGCCCUUUGACUUAGAUAUCCUUGGACAAGCCUUCCAGCUACGUGAUACGGCUCCAAUCAGUUUGUCUCCUUCUGACAGAGGCACCCCCACUAUAGCUGGAAAAUCUAAAAGCGAGAUGAAAGACAAGGAGAAGAAGCAUAAAAAACACAAGGAUAAAGACAAGGAGAAGGACAAAGAACAUAAGAAGCACAAACAUCGUCAUAAAGAUCGGGGUAAAGACAAGGACAAAGAAAAAAAGAAGGAUAAAAGCGGCCACCAUGAUCUUGGUUCUGAGCAUUCAAGGAAACACGAAAAGAAAAGGAAGCAUGAUGAGGAGGAUCUUAACGGUGUCCACAGACACAAGAAAAGCAAGCACAAGAGUUCAAAGAUUGAUGAGAUUGGUGGAAUAAAGGUAGCCGGCUGAAAUGCAUGUGGUUCUAUCAUUUUUACUGCCCCAGAGUUUGCAGUUGAGAAUUUGGAGGAUUCCUUUAUCUACAAUUGUGAAAUAUCAGAUGUGCAUGUCAUCGAAGAACGUUAUGGCAUGCACUGGUGUUGACAUCUGUAUCUUUAUUUCAGUGAGACUGUUCCUUGGAAGACAUGGCUGGUCAGAUGCAUUAAACAUUUUUGUGCUUUCAUGAGUGCAAUCUGGAGGUUUUCAUUUAUUUAGUUCAACCUCUUUUUUCCUUUUCUAAAUUAUUUCCUUGAAAAAGUAGGCAUGCAUCUAUCCUGAUUUCUACAGUGAUAAAGGAGCAGUAUCUGCAUGGCUGACAAAUGUUUUCCUGCCUGUUUUGGUAUCAAAUCAAUAUUUUCUCCUCAUGGAAGUCAGUUGGACUAUCUUAUGCUCCUCUCUCUUUUUUAUUUAUCGUUUAAGAUUUUGGCACACACAUUGAGAAAAUCAUUUGCUAGCAUUAAUCAUAAUCAUAAGGGGCAUGUGACUAAAUUACCCUUAUCUCUUUCUCAAAUGAUUAAUUACUGACUGUAUCCGCCCUCUUAGAGUAGUAGUGGUGGAAUUGGAAAAAGAAAUUAACCCUUUUUUGGUUUCUGAAAUGACAAAUAUUUUGGAGCAAUUUUUUUGGUUAAAGUGACAGAUAAAAAACAUCGAAUGGAUUGGUAAAAGUAAGUAUACAUUCUUCUUUUCAUAGAUCAAAAGCCCCUUCAAAUAGAUCCUCAUACAGAAAAUAUACCCCAAAACUGGGAGCAGAGUUCACAAUUGAACAAGUUACAAGAAAGCCUACCUUGGAAGCUUCUAAACCUUCAUGAAAAAGUUUGUUGUUAGAGAUUUAUUUUUAUCCCGCAAAGAGAUGGAGAAAAAAUGUGUUAUUGGUGCAUGGGUGAAGCCUCAAACUCGUUAUGAGAAGUUGGAUAUGUGAUCAUGAAAGUGUAUUAGAUGCACUAUCCUUGAGCAUAAGAUGUAAACUAUUGUUUAUGCUGUCCUGAAUGUGCUGGAGUUGUGAAGUGAAACUGGUCAAGGCUAGUUGGAAAAGGAUGGAACUUUCCAAACCAUACUGGAGUACUGCUUACAUCAAUAAAGAAAGCAAUAGAAGUAACCAAAUGAUAUGCCAAAUUUCAAGGUCCCUUUAGGUUGAUGUUUCACAAGGGAACUUUCCAAUCCCCAAAUUUGGAAUGAAAUGAAAUGUUGGUACUAUGUGGAGUAUUCAUUACAAGCAACACAAUUGAAGAAGUAAUAAGAGGAGAGUGAAUUUUGUGUGUAGCGGUGAAAACCGGAGAUCCACGAAGGAAAGCCAAAAGCGAUGGCAGCUCCCUGGGUCCCUACCUUUGCUGAGUUAGUUCAAGGUACUUCCUUGUGUCAUAUAUUAUGGUCUCGAAUUUUGUUGGCAGUGAUGGUGAGGAGUUUGAUCCAUCUUCAGGUUUAGCAACUUGCUGCCUGCUGGAGUAUGAUUCCAUGUACCCUUUCUUGAGGGCUCUUAUCUCUAGUUUCAGCCUUAAAAAACCACUUUGAGAUUUGGGUUAUAAGAUGAGGAAGUUGAGAUGAGUAUUGGUCUGCUCUGCUGUCAUCGUCUUCUCCAUUGAAUUUGAAGGUUCACUUCUCAACAGCAUUAGCAUCUGCUGAGAAAGAGGUAUUUUAAAAAAAAGGAGGCGUGGCUAUAUUGUCAUGAAUGGAAUCACUUAUUGUAUAUACUAGGAUAGAAUGAGAUGAACUAAUUCUUAUUUUAUGUGUUUGGCCAAUUUUAUCGACGUUGGAUUUGACUAAGCUAGUUGUUGGAUGUUCUUAAUGAUCAAUAUGCUAUCUUUUGGCACUUAUAUUCAAAUCCUGGACUAAAAUGUAGCCCUGCUGUAAUGUAUGAGAAAGUUUGUAUCAGUAAUGGAGAUGAUUUGGACUCAA